CAAAUGUGUCAAAACACCGGCCUCAUCCUCCCGCCUUCUUUCCACACACAUCCAUUCUCUCUCAGGGGCCACACUAACUGGAUUUCCCCCAAAUCCAAUUCUCUUCCCAACGCUAACCAAAUGGCGACAAUCCCUACAUGCUUCGCCAUCACCCCCACAUCUCGUCUUCUUACUUUCACUGCACCCCCCUUUCAUAAACCCUUCAUUUUCCCGCAGAACCGGAGAAUUAAUAAAAGGGGGUGGGCUUUGGUGGUACCGCGGGCGGCCGUGGAUGUCGGCCGAGGGAUCAGGCCAGGUGGUGUGGUGGAAAGUGAUAAGCUGUCGAGUGAUGUUAGGAAAAGGACUAUGGAUGCUGUUGAUGGGUGUGGUGGUAGGGUGACUGUUGGUGAUGUUGCUAGUAGAGCUGGUCUUAAGUUGAAUGAAGCUCAGAAAGCUCUUCAAGCUCUUGCUGCUGAUACUGAUGGUUUCUUAGAGGUUUCUGAGGAAGGUGACGUUUUAUACGUGUUUCCCAAAAAUUAUCGAUCGAAACUUGGUGCCAAGUCAUUUAGGAUUAAAGCUGAACCUUUUAUUGAAAAGGCUAAGGGUGCCGGAGAAUACUUGAUAAGGGUUUCUUUUGGGACAGCACUUAUUGCAUCCAUUGUUAUUGUUUACACUGCAAUAAUUGCUCUUGUAACCAGCAGCAGAAGUGAAGACGACAAUCGUGGGAGACGUGGAGGCAGAUCAUAUGAUUCAGGAUUUAAUUUCUACUUUAAUCCAGUAGAUUUAUUCUGGUACUGGGAUCCAUAUUACAAUAGAAGGCGGAGGGUACAAGUUGAUGACAACAAGACGAACUUCAUUGAAUCAGUCUUCUCCUUUGUGUUUGGAGACGGUGAUCCCAAUCAAGGAAUCGAAGAAGAGAGAUGGAAGUUGAUUGGGCAAUACAUAGCAUCUAAUGGUGGUGUUGUUGCAGCUGAAGAACUGGCUCCAUAUCUUGAUAUAGAUUCUACGGAGAGAAUCAAGGAUGACGAAUCAUAUAUUUUACCUGUGCUAUUACGAUUUGAUGGUCAACCUGUUGUUGAUGAAGAGGGAAAUAUUCUAUAUAGGUUUCCAUCUCUUCAGAGGACAGCUUCUCAAAAGAGUAAGAGAAAAGAAUAUGUUGGAAAAAGAUGGGCAGAUUGGGUUGGAGGAGUUGAGAAAUUUUUCGAGGAGAAAAGAUGGCAAUUCAGUAAAACUUCCUCAUCAGAGAGAGCAAUGGUCGUUGGUCUGGGAGGCCUUAAUCUCUUUGGAGUUAUUGUUCUCGGAACCAUGUUGAAAGAAGUGGCAGUUAGACCUGAUAGCUUCAUUAAAUUUGUAGCGGACAUAUUUCCUCUUCUUCAGAUUUAUGCUGGUUCCUUCUUUGCAAUUCCUUUGGUUCGGUGGUUUUUUGUUCGGAAAAGGAAUGCCGACAUUGAAAAGAGAAACCAAGCUAGACAGCAGUGUGCACGAGUACUUGAAUUGCCCGACAUUUCAUUGACGCAGAAGCUUUUCAGCGCUCGGGACAUGGCCCAAAAGACAGUGAUAGGACAGGAUCAAAUUGUGUAUAGUACUGACAAGGACUUUCUUGACCAAGAUUAUGAAGCUAACGAAUGGGAUAAAAAAUUUCGGGAGCUAGAGAGAUCUGAUUGAGAAGCCUUAAAGGUUAUACAGGUGAAACAAUUUAACCACUAUAUAUGAAUAAUCCAUUUCAAUGCGCUUUGGUGGCAAUCAAAUGAUCACAGUAGAAUUUUGCUGAUUCAAUGAUCGGGUCAUAUUCAAGAAAGUUUCAGGCUCACAUAUGUUGUCAUCGUCAUAUCUAUUUACAUUGUAGCAGAGCCUAGGCUGCAUUAUGUCAAGUAUUGGAUGCGGCCCUGGAUUCUCAGCCGCGUUUGCUUGUAUAUCAUAGUUCUAGUUCAUGUCUUUUAGACUGUGACAUGUACAAGAUGAAUAGUAAACAUUGAGUAGGAAAAACAAUAUUCAUUGUAAUACUCUUUGGUAUCAUGGGUUUUAUAUAUUUUGCCUGAUUGAUGCCGAAAUUCAUAUUGUGCAAAGGUAAGAGGCAAGCAAAGGAGGAAAUUAUGCAACUUUAGUUUGUUGUAUAUUUAUCACAUCGAUUUUUUCCAACUUUCAAAGUAA